CUUUUUCCAACUUUUGCUUGCUCUUCCCUCCUAUUUCUCUCUUUCUCUUUCUCUUUCCAUCUCUCUGACCUAAUUGUGUCUUUGAUCAACGCCACCAAAUUCACCUCUAAUUCUAAAUCUAGAGAAGAUCCAUCCAAUCCAAGUAACAGUGGGUCUGUCUCUCUUUGGCCUCUGGCUUCUUGGUUUGGUUACCAUAUACUUAGAUCUAUAUUUUGCCACACAGGCCCCUACUGGGACUUAUUUAACAUUCACAAAAUAUCACCCCACAAGGUUUUUCUUUCUUUCCUGCUGACCUUUUUUUCUCCUUGGGGUGAAAGCGAUAGAAAAAGGGCCAUCAAGAAGAGGAAGAAGAGCAAGGACUACAAGGGAAGGGAAGGGAAGAGAAGAGAAGAGAAGAGAUCAUCGAUCCUAAGUUGUUUCUGCUAUCCUCAGAGUAGUGGAAGGACAAGAAAAAGAUGACUCCAGCUAAUUUGGCAGGUCAGUUUGGUGACACUACUUACACCAAGGUGUUUGUUGGAGGGCUGGCAUGGGAGACCCAGAAGGAUACCAUGAAGAAGUACUUUGAGCAGUUUGGUGAGAUCUUGGAGGCUGUGGUCAUCACUGAUAAGGCCACUGGGAGAUCUAAAGGCUAUGGAUUUGUAACUUUUCGUGAGCCCGAAGCUGCCAUGAGAGCUUGCGUUGAUGCUGCGCCUGUGAUCGAUGGGAGAAGGGCUAAUUGCAAUCUCGCUUCUUUGGGUGUUCAAAGAUCCAAACCCUCUACUCCAAAGCAUGGAGGGACGGGCAGGAAUUUUAGGGUAAUGAGCUCUUUUCAGACAGGGUUUGGAGGGGGAGUGGGAACAGCUUUUCCUUCGGCUGCAACCUUCCCUCAUUAUGCCAUCCAACAAGGGAUUCCUUAUAAUGUUUAUGGGUACUCCCCAUACUCGCCAGAUUACACAUACCCUACGAGCUACUACAGUGUGUAUGGAGGGGCCACUGCCCAGUAUCCAGUGUAUGGUGCAGGCCCGGGUGGGUUGAUGACUGGUGCAGGAACAACAUUCUACCCCUAUCUUCAAUUUGGAGAAGGAACUGGGGGAGCCACCGGCUACACCUCGGGUCAGGGAUAUGGUGUCCAGUAUCCACAUCACCCGUUUCAGUACUCGGCCGUUAACUCAACUGGGAGUUACCCGCAGCACUAUGGUGCACCCAUGUCACUUGCACCUACUCCAGCCUUGCAAUCAGUGUGUUUUGCUGUGCCACAGGCGUGACCAUGGCUGUUCAUGCCCCAGCAAUUCCUCAUCGUUAAGAGACUCAUUCCAAGCUAGCUACUCCACAUUUCUUCAGCUGCUCUAAAGUCUCAACCUUCGGCCUAACCAUGGUUCUCUUUCUCCCUCUGUCUCUAUCUAACUCAAAGCCCGUGCUUGGCAUCAGGGCCUUUGCACGCACAAACAAGGCCCCCCAUAGGGGCCACAAAUCACCUCCGAAACUGGAGAAUCAUGCAUGUUUUUUCUGUUGCAUCUUUUGCAAACAAGGGUUCCUUGAAGAGAACCAAAGCAUUUUAUCUCGAUGCCAACUCAGCUAUUGGAACAGCUAAGUUGGGAUACUUUUUGUAUCUCCGGCCCAGAAAGGCUAAUUAAAACAAACUUUUUUUUGUAACUUUAGCCUAGGCAAGGCUAAUAAACAGAAAAUGGUUUGCAAAAACUGUAAAUUCAACAACACAAAAUGCAAGCCUCGCAUCUUCAAAUUUAGUCUUUUAAUGGCUAAUCCCUCCAACUUUGGCUAAUCACCUCUUGGUAAUGAGGCAGUUUUAGCAAAAAUCAUGGGCAUUGGACGCCCCAAGGUUUUUUUUUUUUUUUUUCUUUUUGGUGCAUUGACAUCUAGUCUUAGGGUUUAAAAACUAGCUAGGGCCAUGUAGUCAUGUUUUUAUAAAUGCUUUUCCAACAUCACGUCUGAUCUUUAUAUAAUAUGUUUUAAACAACACCAUCUUCCCUUAGGGAAAGGGAAGAAAAUGUUAACUGACACUUGUUUCUUGUAAAUUCAUUGUGGCUAAACUCUGGGAGUAUUAGCCCCUUUUCAUUAAACUAUAAAUAGGAGGGUUAGUGUUUGUCUUUUUGCAUUUAGCUUUUCUAAUAUUUCAUCAUGAAAGAACUCCAUCAAUGGAUGUGGAGCUCAAAGCAUUUGCAUGUAACCCUGGGAGAUAUUUUGGUUCCUUAGGGUUCUUCUCUUCUAACCCACCAACCAUGGUUAGGACUUAGGUAAUCCUCAUCACUCUCUGUCUUUCUCUCUCCUUCGCUCCCUCUCUCUCUUGAACUUUCACUUGGAGAUGGUACUUGAUACUCUUUAUAUGUAUAAGCCUAUGGUUUGGAUUGUAAGUAGGGAUCGAUCGAUGCCACUUAGAAGAUGAUUCAUUCUCCAUCUUUGAUGGUUGAGAAUGGAUAUGCUACUUACUAUGCUUUAAUUUCAGACUGUUAUGCUUACUGCUGCUAAUGCUUUGUCCUUGAUCAGCAAACUGUCAUGUUCUGAAGUUAAAAUUUUGUCGUGUUUAA